ACUCUCACCCCCCAACCACCUCAGCAAAAUCUUGCAACUACAUUUAUAAUCUUGAUGGAUUGCCUAUACUUAUUUGGUAAUCUUUUUAAAAUCUCAGAUAUCAUUCUUUAUGCUGCAUUUAUUCUCACAUGCUUUUAACUUUAGUAUAUAUAUCAACCACUUUUAGCUUGAUGGAAGUGCUUUUUCAGAAAGGUUGUGUAAAGGAGCUUUUGAUUUCUGAGAAAGUUUUGAUUUUUAUUUAAGGGGUUUUCUGUUUGAAGAUGCUGACAGUGUGGUUUAAUUUGAAGAGAUCUUUGCAUUGCAAAGAGGCAACUGAUGUUCAUGUACCAAAACCUAAGAGAGAAUUAAGCAACAUUUUCACUAAGAAAUCAAGAAGAUCAGGGUGUUCUAGGUCUAUUUCUAAUCUUAAGGAUGUUAUUCAUGGGAGUAAAUUGCACUCUGAAAAUCCUGUUAAUUGUAGUCCAAGAUCCAUUGGGAGUAGUGAAUUUGUGAACCCCAUGAGCCAUGAAGUGAUUUUGAGUAAUUCAAGAUUUGAGCUUAAGAUCAGUGGGUUUGGUGGGGUUCUAGAAGAUGCUGGUAAUGAUGGUGGUGUUGGUUCUUUAAGGCCAGGGACGCCAGGGCCUGGAGGGCAUCAUGGAAUGCAGAAUUUUAAUCCUUCAUUCAGGAACUCAACAGCAACCCCUCCAAGAUUGUCUGCACUGGAAGGGUCUAGAAGAGGGGUUUUGAAUUCGAGGGGCGGACAUGGGAAUUCUGUGAAAGCUAGGCCGUUUGUCGAGACGGAUACUAAUGGUUUGACAUCCUCAAUGACAUGUCAUAAGUGUGGAGAGGUGUUUGGGCAAUGGAAAGCUCUUGAAGCUCAUCAUAUGUCAAAGCAUGCUGUUACUGAACUUGUGGAGGGAGACUCAUCUAGGAAAAUUGUAGAAAUAAUUUGCCGGUCAAGCUGGUUAAAGACCGAAAAUCAUUGUGGCCGAAUUGAGAAGGUAUUGAAAGUUCACAACAUGCAAAAAAUGCUGGCUCGCUUUGAAGAAUAUAGGGAAAUGGUAAAGAUCCAGGCUAGCAAACUCCAAACAAAACAUCCUCGCUGUAUUGCAGACGGUAAUGAACUUUUGAGGUUUUACGGCACAACCGUGGCAUGCUCACUUGGCAUAAAUGGCUGCACCAGUCUAUGCUUAGCUGACAAAUGCUGCGUUUGUCGAAUAAUAAGAAACGGAUCAUCCAGCAAAAGAGAAUUCAAGGGUGGAAUAGGUGUUUUCACGACAUCCACCAGUCAAAGAGCUUUGGAAUCAAUAGAAAUUAAUGUAAAUGAUCACACCGUGAGGAAAGCCUUGAUAGUUUGCAGAGUUAUAGCUGGGAGGGUACACAAACCUUUAGAGAACAUCCAAGAUAUAGCUGGUCAGUCGGGAUUUGAUUCGUUGGCUGGUAAGGUUGGUCUUCAUUCUAAUAUCGAAGAACUUUAUUUGCUGAAUCCCAGAGCUCUUCUUCCCUGUUUUGUGGUGAUCUGCAAAACCUGAAAUUUUGAAAGGAAAUGUUUUAAUGAUAUUUCCAAAUCGAAGUUCUUUCGGAAUAUCAUUUUUAACAUUAGUCAGCUGCUGUAGCAUGUAGGUUAGCUUCUUCAUGCAGUUCCGCUAGGUCCUGCUAUGUAAUUACUUUUAAGUUGCUUAUACUGUUUUGUUUAAACAUUUUUAGUGCAAUCGAGACUUUUUUUUUUGGAAUCAAGAUUGAAAAUUAUUUAGA